AAACCUCCACAUCAGCAUAACUUAACUUCUAGGCUACAGUUUUGCAAAGUAUUGAGUUACAAACUGCGUCACCAUAACCUGCCACAUGUACGAGUAAGAGGGGCUAACGGAGGAGAACCGAACACCCGCCCCCUUAGCAGAUAACAGUAUCGCCUCAGAACGAAGCAGUGAAGGGAGGAGCAGAAGGGUGCGCAGACACGGAAACUAGAGUUUUAUGAAUUGUACCUUGGGGUUUAUGACUGUAUCUUUUAUGUGAACUUCAUUAAAAAGAGUAACACAAUUUAGAAAAGCAAGAUGGGUAGAAAAGAUGCUUCAACAUCAAGAACUCCAGUUGACCAGUAUCGUAAACAAAUUGGAAGACAAGACUACAAGAAAAACAAGCCUGUAUUAAGAGCAACAAGAUUAAAAGCAGAAGCCAAGAAAACAGCAAUAGGCAUAAAGGAGGUGUUCCUGAUCGUCACUGCAAUCCUUGUCUUCCUGUUUGCUUUUUAUGCUUUGUUUUACCUUAACUUGACUGCAACAGAAGAUGGAGGUGUUCCUGAUCGUCACUGCAAUCCUUGUCUUCCUGUUUGCUUUUUAUGCUUUGUUUUACCUUAACUUGACUGCAACAGAAGAUGGUAAUGAAGAAUAAAUGAAGUAGAAUUGUUAAGGCAUUACUAUUAUCAUUCCAAUGAUUUACAGCCAAGGAUCAAGCCUGUUCUUCUAAGUGUAAUUAUGCAUUCCAGAGUGCAACCUUCUGGGGUUACAAUGCUGCCCAUUAAGGCAGUGAACUGACACACUCAUAUUCCAGUUCAGAUUUUUUAAUUAUUCCAACUUUAAGGAGGAAACGACUUUAACGUUAAAAAUAAUUUGUCUUUAAUAAUGUUGCUUACAAAAUUGGUUUUCUGAUUAAAAAACAAUAUUGAGGAAAAUUUUAUAUUUUGUCAAAUCUUUUUAAUUUGUUGAGGUCUCCCUUACCUUGUGAAUUUUAACUGUCUCUAAUGAAAAUGGUGAAGCCUUUUUUUGGAUACAAUUUUUUGUUGAAAUGCAUGAAUAAAUGUUUUUGUUUUUCUUAAA